GUCAUCUCCUCUUCUAGAGGGAAAAUAAAAUUCCUUCGACAAUGGAGACCCUCAUGCCCACCGCAGCAACUUAUCCAAACCCAAAACAGGUUCAUGGUAAUUGGUUUAGUCGGUUCGGAAACACAAGCUUCAAUUUUCGAAAAGGGUUCUCUUCUGAGCUAUUCACCUCUCGAAAGCUUUCAUUUGGAUUGAGAAGAUCUGUAACUGUUGGGGUCAAAAAGCAGAGCAACAAGAAGGAAGACACCCAUAGCUUCGUACCUAAACCAGAUGAGGCCACUGGGCCUUUCCCUGAGGCUGUACUUCUUAAAGAGAAGAAGGUUCAGGAAGAUGGUAAACUUCUCCCUGAAUUCGCUGACGUUGAAGAGCAAAAGCUCUAUGAAUUUCUGAACCUUGAGCUGGAAAGUCAAUUGAAGGUAGAGCGUAUGCGACACUAUGAAGUGGUUUAUCUAAUCCAUGAGAAACAUGCGGAAGAGGUGGGCAGUGUUAAUGAAAAAGUUCAAGGCUUUUUAAGGGAGAAGAAAGGCAGGAUAUGGAGACUGAAUGAUUGGGGUAUGCGAAGGCUAGCAUACAACAUAAAGAAAGCCAAAAAUGCUCACUAUAUUUUGAUGAAUUUUGAGUUGGAAGCCAAAUGGAUCAAUGAAUUCAAGAGCUUGUUAGACAAAGAUGAGAGAGUUAUUCGACACCUUGUGAUAAAGAGAGAUGAGGCAAUCACAGAGGAUUGCCCACCUCCACCCGAGUUUCACACGUUGCGUGCAGGCAUGGAUGAUGAGGAGGAGGAGGAGGAGGAUUUAGAUUAUGAUGACACCUAUGAUGACGAAGAUUACGAUGAGAGUUGGGAUGGUGAGAGUGAGAUGGAGGUUUAUGAUGAUGACAUGGAGGAUGGUAUUAUAAUCAUGAACAGUGAUGAUAUGAAUGAUGACUCAGCUUGCGUAAAUGGGGAAGGAAAAAGAAACCGGUUAAAAGAGAAAGCAAGGAGGUAGAUAGGUAGUUUCUUGGAAGUUUUAAGCACCUUUGUAUGAGUUGAGAAACAUUCAGAUUUCAUAGGACAGGUUGAUGCAGUCUGUUACCGAGUAUAAUAGUGUGCACCAAAUUAAUCAAAGAAAUGUUUUUGGUA